AUGUCAACACCGCUCAGCUUUCUCGGUCAGUACCCCCCAGCCCAGACGCACCCCGGCCUCACCGAGCCACCAACAGGGGACUUUACUCCAUCUCCCACAGAAACGAAUCGAGCGUUGGAGGCAUUCCGUACGUCCAUACCGAGCGUCUGAUCAGCCCCAGCACACCCAUCUGACAUCUGCCCAGGAGCAUCUACUUGAUCAACCUUAUCGCAGUCGAAGUAGCCAUCCAUGCAUUGCUCUACACCCGCAACGUCUAUCCCACCAGUCAGUCCUCUCGAGUAAAUCACGUGACCGUCACCCCCCGAACGCGUGCAUCACCACUCACCGCGUCCCUCCGUCGCACCGAGUCAGACAUCUUCAAGCAACACCACAAGUACAAUAUCCCCGUAUGGCAAUCCAGAUCCCCCCUCGUCAACGAAUACGUGUCCAAAAUGUGUCGCUGUGUUGGCGAAGAAUUGGACAAGGUUCGUCUCGCUCGCCUUCAUUGGUGUCAAUAUCGCCACAUCUAACUCAUUCAACUCAACAGAGGACACUACGAAAGAUUAUCGUGGUCAUCAAGGACGAUGGGCCCGCAGAAACACCCUUUGAACGAUUCGUCUUUGACGUCGAAUGGUUGAUCCACGACGACAUGCUCGGUAAAGACGCUCGUGAUUUCAUGUCGGUCCAGUCUACACCCGCAUUGACAAAGCGCCGCGCGAGUAAAAGCUAAACAGGCGUUGAAUUCUCGAUAGACCUGCGGCAGGGGGGAUCACCCGCACGGAAAUGGACGAGACGCUGAGGGGCUUCAUUGUCCGAGUCGAAGCGGCGAAGAAUUACCUACCCAAAUUGCCCAAGAGUAGGUCAUCCAGCCUGGGUCCUCGAGUCCUUACCGUCUAUCUGAUAGGAUUCAACCGUUUUCUUCCCGUCCAGACGUCACAUUCUCGGUCGUCCUGGAAAUGAGGGACGAUGUCGAGCCUCAAUCGCUGCAAGCCAAACGAGGAGUGAGUUGGCCAGGUCCUCUUUUCCUCUCCGAGGAUCGCUUCAUCGGCAUCGCAUCUCACGUGCGGACUGCCCAUCAUUUUUGUUCUUCUAUUCUUUACCGUGAUUGCAGAUCGAGCCUUCCGAGUGGUACAGAGCCGAAGCGCGGCAUUCGGCCGAAGAAGCGCAGGGGCUCGUCAGUCGACUCGUGCCUCAUCAAACGACCAACCUCGGCAUGGUUCAGGUCAGUCCCGAGUUUCCAAAGCGCGCAGUGAGUGCUUGUCUCAAUGAAAAGUUGCUUUCUCCUUUCAAGGUCCAAUUUCUUGCCGAAGUCCUAGAAAAGGACCCUUUGGCAAGCUUCGAGUCUGGCGAGGCAGAGACGAGUACGAAUGAAUCGAACGAGGCACCACGGCGGAAUCGAGAUGAGGAUGAACAGGAGAGGCGGAGGAGAGAGAAAGGGAAAGCAAGGGCGGAGUAG